UUCAACAGUGGCGGUAAGCGUAUUGACGAAACGUACUGUUUGGAUUAUCUAACGUGAACGGUUUUUGUUAAAUUACUUUUACGGAAUGGGCCUUUCUUAAGAUUUUUAUUUUAAGGACGAAUUUCUGAAUGAUACGGUCUUCGUUGUGCUUAAGAGAACAUGAAUGUGAUGUUACAAAACAACUUCGCUCAAAACAAAACGGUAGAAUCUCUUAAUGUUUACAAAUGUCACAGAGCGGCUCUGAGAGUGAAAUCUGGGAUUAUAAACCUCUUAAGAAGACAAGAAAACGAAGCUGCAAAUCACAGAUAACAAGAGAACAUGGGAAAAAGAGAAAAAAGGAUAACGUUAGCAAACCCGGGACAUCAGUGCAAAACACAAAAGUCAACAGUGCUGAAACACACACUGGUUUAGACCAGAAUGGCAAUAAUGCUCCCAUUAACAAUGUGAACUCAGGAUCCCUGGAUGUGAAUCAUGGGACACUUUCUCAGGAUGUCCAGGAUAAAGACCCUCAGUCAGGAGGCUUCUGUCCUGUCUGUCAAAUGCCAUUUUCCCUCUUGGUGGUUCAGUCUCAACAGUGGCAUGUUGCACAAUGCUUAGAUAACCCUGGGGACAACUGUACAGAAUGUCCAGAUGGUCUUCAUUGUACAUCCUCCAUACCCAAUCACUACAAGAGGUACAGCCACUGUUUGCUCGCUCAGAGUCGAGCGCUGAAGGACUGCACGACCCAAACCAUCUCAUACUUCAACUUAAACUCAGUUAACUCACUUACAUCUAAUACAGAGAGCUCCGUGGACAACGCUGUGAACAUAUCUGCUUCAUCCAGCCAAAAUUCAGCUCCUGGUGAUGGACCAAAUGGAACACCCACUCAGAAUAACGCUCUGCUGCUUUUGCGUUCUCCCAAUACUGAGGAUAUCAAGAAAAAGAAAGGUUGGUCUCCUUCCAUCAAAAGAUCUCAAUCCCAGAGUUCUUCACAAGCGAGACUGAAGACCUCAACUCCGGUUAAAGAACAUUGUGUUGACAAUGCUGUUCAGACUAAUGCGGUUAAAGCUGAGCUCUUUGAAUGUAACAAUGAUGAUGAUGAUGAUGAUGAUUACAUCUCCUACUCUCCGCUCUCUGAAUUUCCAGACGUGGAUAAGGAGCACAGAACUCAAAGAAAUAAUAUAGAAGAUGAAAAGGAAGAUGAAAAUGAAGUUGAUGAUGAUUCUCUUAAACUGUUCAGUGAUGAAGAUGAUGAUCUGUUGUAUAAUAUGCUGGAUGAAUAUGAGAUGGGGAACGAAGAACAUGGGCCAGACAAAAACUCAUUAGACACCUGUGAGAAUCUACAGCCAUCGUUAGCACCCGAUGAUCACCUGACUCCUUCCAGUUCCACAGGUGUCUCCAAUGGAGCAUUUCAGCAUGGACCUCAAUCAAUAGGAAAACACUCCACAACAAAUCCUGAAGAUCCUAACUUCCAGCUACAGUCACCUCAAAGUUUAGUACUAGAGCGUCUUCGGGAGCGUGUAUCUAAUCCUGUACUCGUCAACAGUUAUAUAAACCAAGAGUUGCCUUCCACACAAACACCCCUAUCUAUAACUCAGAAAACGCCAUCUAUGGCUCCUAGGAGAACUCAGACUAAGACAGGUCCCUCUGGAUUAAAGCAAACUGACAUUGGGGUGUUUUUUGGCUUGAAGCCAUUGAAUGAAAAAAAGGCUGAGGAGGAAGUGAAGGCAACGGUCGGAGAGGCCGGUCAGCAAGGGUCUAGGAGAGCGAGGAUUUCAGAAGCUCAUGGGGAAGACGCUAAGCUCCAGGGUAGAUGGCGUAGGAAGAGCAAAGCACCAUCUGAAGUGUCCAGUGUCUUGCCUGCUGCAGAAGAUGGUACGACUCGGCCCACGCAAACAGAAGGAAACCGAGGAGGGAGGGCAGAGAGGCAGAAAAGAUGGAACAGAGGAAGAGUGACAGAUGGAGAUCCCAAGGAGCCCAAGCGCUGUCCAUUCUACAAGAAAAUUCCUGGAACUGGUUUUGCUGUGGAUGCUUUUCAGUAUGGGGUUGUUGAAGGUGUCACAGCUUACUUUCUCACUCAUUUCCAUUCGGACCACUACGGCGGCUUGAAAAAAGACUCUGUUUUACCCAUCUACUGUAACAAAAUAACUGGUAACCUGGUGAAGAGCAAGCUGAAGGUGGCUGAGCAGUAUGUUCAUGUUCUCCCAAUGAACACAGAGUGUAUAGUGCAAGGAGUGAAGGUCACUCUCCUGGAUGCUAAUCACUGUCCUGGGGCAGCCAUGUUGCUGUUUGUUCUGCCAGGUGGCCAGACGGUACUCCACACAGGUGACUUCCGAGCUGAUCCAUCCAUGGAGCGCUACCCAGAGCUGCAGGGUCUCAAGAUACAGACCCUCUAUCUGGAUACAACGUAUUGCAGUCCAGAGUAUACCUUUCCCACUCAACAGGAAGUCAUUACCUUUGCCGUAAACAGAGCUUUUGAAUGGGUUACGCUGAACCCUCGUACACUUGUGGUCUGUGGCACCUACGCAAUUGGGAAAGAGAAGGUCUUUCUAGCUGUAUCGGAAGUAUUAGGCUCUAAAGCGUGUUUGUCCAAGGAUAAGUAUAACACCAUGUGCUGCCUGGAGUCGGAGGAGAUUGGCUGGGGCAUCACAACGGACUGGCAAGCGGCCCAGGUGCAUGUACUUCCAAUGAUGCAGCUCAAUUUUAAAAACCUGCGUACACACUUGAAUAAGUUCUCAAGGCAGUAUGACCAGCUAGUGGCAUUCAAGCCCACAGGCUGGACCUUCAACCAAAGUGUAAGAGUGGAAGACAUCCAGCCUCAAACUCAAGGGAACAUCAGUAUCUAUGGUAUUCCCUACAGCGAGCACAGCAGUUUUCUUGAGCUGAAGCGUUUUGUACAGUGGCUGCAGCCGAAAAAGAUCAUUCCCACUGUGAAUGUGGGCAGCUGGAGGAGCAGGAAAGCCAUGGAGGGCUUCUUUCGUGAGUGGCAGACUGAACCCAGAAACCUCAGCUCAACAUCAUGUGCACUGAGAAACUCAAGCUGUGGAACAAGGCAAUAACGUAAACUGACAUCCACAAUCAAACCUUUGGCCAAACAGUCAAACGGUGCCUUUAUUGAUUGGACCAGUAUUCCUCAGUAGGCCAUUUCAAAUGUGAGAGUUUUGGACUGCCUUGUCACAUUUGGAAAAAAAAGGGUAUUUCUUCCAGCCUGAUUUUAAAGUGCUGGUUGUGUUAUGGUUAAUAGUGUUGAAUUUUAUGAAUGGCUCCCCUUGCUGGUGGCUAAUGCUGAAAUGGACCACAUAUGCCCUCUUAUUUUAGGAGGUUUUUUUUUUAAUAUAUUAAGUGUUUCUAAAGGAAAUAAAUUCUAUCCACUCUUCUACUAUCACAAUUGUUUUAUUAAUGAUCUUGUUCUCUGAAGCACAUUUUAUUUCAGAUUUGUGCAAUUACAAGAUGAUACAUUUUUCAUAAGAAAAG